UAUGAGGUUUUACGUAUGGCCGCCGAGCAGAGAGAAUGAGGUCAUUUCGGUAAAACCAAUCGCAACAUCAGCCUUCCACGUGUCAGUUCGGCCCUAUCUCCGCUUCACGAGAUUCUGGUCCUCGCCUCCAAUCGAACCCAGCUACUAAACCCCUCUCCCUCGCUUCCCUUGUUCUUUUCUCCCCUCUCUCUCUCUCUCCUCUCUUAUUCGCGGUCGCCUGGACCUUGCCGAGAUCGAAUGGAAGUGAUUGCACUGAAUCUUACGGGUUUCUUCCGUCGCCAGCUGCAGAUAUUGUAGGAAUAUCCUUACUCUCCUGUUUGACCUUUCACUUCAUUGAUUUCGAUGGCACAAUGUCGUUCGAUCGUGAUAUUUGCUGCUCUCUCCUGCCUCUUCGCUCUCAUCGAUGCCAGUGCUGGUGAUGCCGAUCCUCUGUACAGGGCUUGUGUAGAGCAGUGUGAGAAGUCUGGGUGUGUAGGGGAUAAAUGCUUCCAGCACUGUAAAUUCUCUUCUGAUGGGAAACCCAUUGAUGGUCCUUGGUAUAUGCAAGAGCCACUCUAUCUGCGGUGGAAACAAUGGGACUGUCGCAGUGACUGUCGAUACCAUUGUAUGCUUGAUAGGGAGCAGGACAGAGGGAAACUUGGUCAUAAGCCUGUCAAAUAUCACGGAAAGUGGCCUUUUCAACGUGUUUACGGGAUCCAGGAACCUGUUUCUGUUGCUCUCUCUGCACUCAAUCUUGCUGUACAAUUUCAUGGAUGGCUAUCGUUUUUCAUCCUUUUAUACUACAAAUUGCCUUUGAAAUCGAGUAGGAAGACAUACUAUGAGUACACUAGCUUAUGGCACAUAUAUGGAAUUUUAUCAAUGAAUUCCUGGUUCUGGAGUGCUGUGUUCCACAGUCGGGAUGUAGAUCUGACUGAGAAACUGGAUUAUUCAUCUGCUGUAGCAUUACUUGGUUUUUCUCUCAUUGUGGCCAUCCUGCGAUCAUUUAAUGUGAGAGAUGAGGCUGCAAGAGUCAUGGUUGCUGCUCCAUUGAUUGCGUUUGUGACAACCCAUAUAUUGUAUCUGAACAACUAUAAACUUGAUUAUGGUUUGAACAUGAAAGUGUGUGCAACCAUGGGUGUAGCCCAACUUCUAUUGUGGGCAGUCUGGGCUGGUGUCACUCGGCAUCCGUCACGCUGGAAGUUAUGGGUGGUGGUGGUGGGAGGGGCUUUUGCCAUGCUUCUGGAGAUUUAUGACUUUCCGCCCUACCAGGGAUUUGUUGAUGCUCAUGCUCUUUGGCAUGCCACCACCAUUCCGCUCGGCUACCUUUGGUGGAGCUUCAUCCGGGAUGAUUGUGAGUUCAGAACAUCAAUUCUCAUGAAGAAGGCCAAGUAGGAUUUUCCCAAUCUGAUGCAUGCAUUAGCCUGAUAGUGCAUUUGUAUCAUGAACACCAGUUUCAACUCAUAGUUAAAUUCAUCUGAACAUGCAUGGUCUCUCUUUUUUCUCAUGUGUAUGCAUUUCUCUGAAAUGCUUGCCAUGAUUGGUUUUCAGUUUCCAAUUUUAUGUGGUGUCAGUUCAGACGAUUGCAUCUCCAUGACAUAUGUUGGAUAGCGUUCCUCAAGGGAUGUAAAUUUUGUUCUUUCUGUUUGAGGAAUUUUUAGUCAUUAGCUAGAUGUCAUCGUCAAAUAAAAACUUCCCGUGGAUCUGUGUUCUUGCCGCA